AUGGAAAGGCGGAAUGCACAACGCGAAAAACAAAUCUCAUAUGGUCUUGUAACCGAAGGAUACCGUAACAUGAUAAAAUUGGUCCAGAGCGACCCUUUGUUAAAAAGUGGUGGCAUUAUUCCACUUUCACCGCCUGAUGUGAAUAAAGGCAGCAAGCGUACAUGGGAUGUUUCGCUGCGAAAGUGGCGUCGGGCGCUGCACAUGUUCGACAAUGUCUUUAUAGAAGGUGAAGAUGCACCUCCAAAUUCAUUGGAAGCUGUUGUGGAAGAGCAAAGGCUUCAGUGGGUGAGCCCACUUUUCAUACAGGAAGCAAAAGAAAAUCGUGUACGUCUUUCAGAAGGAAAAAUACGUGAGGCACGAAAUUCCCCCGACGUUCCAAAAAGACUUCCCGUGGAAGAAAGUUUGAAAAUCAUCCUUCGCAGUGAAGAUUGUUACGAGCCAGUAACCAAUGUGGUACCUCCAUCGGCUUCUUCACUCAUAAGAGGGAAUUAUGUAUCUCCGCUGGAUGCAGGUAUUAAAAUAUACCUUGCACCUUCUGCACAUGAACAGCAAGAUUUUACCCCUCAAAAACCAGAAGCAUUAUUUGGUCAGGAAGUGUCUCAGCGUCUCUCCUUUAACACGGUUACACCAGCUCGUGUUGGUAGUUCGCCGAGCAGCAUACAAAGUAUUGCGCCUUUGGAGGUGGGUUGUCAGAUUCAUCCUGGAUACAGCACUCCUUCGUGGAAUCCGCCUCCGGAGUUACCUUAUGAUCCAGCCCAGGUUGUGAUUUUUCCUAACUCGCAAGAAAGCCCCAUCAUACAGAGUGGUAAUGUCUUGCAACCAUCUGUAUAUCCAUGGAGUUCUAUUUUUGCGGCCCCUGCCUCUGCAGCUCAAGGUUCGAAUGUUCCUGUUUUGCAUUCGGGCUUGAGUCGAUUACGGACACCUGUGACGGUUCCUCGACCGGUGACCCUUCUUAGAGGUAGUCAAGGGGAAAAAAAGCUUGGAGAUACCGGGAAUUUUCGACACAGCCUUUCUUCAAACACUACUGCUCCCUUUUCUUCUACCAGUGCCGAAGUUGAGGAGGCGUCCCCAGGUGUAUCAACCGAGAGGUUUGCUGGAAAUGCAUCAUCAAUUAGAAAUGCCAAUGCAAAUGAGCAUUUAAUCAUAGAUCCAGUUUCUCAGAAGCUUUUUACUGAGGAAUAA